CUGGAAAGUUAACUAGUUAUGACCCCCUGGCUUACCAAUCUACAACCAAAAACUGGUUUACUUACUGCAGUAGAGAACACGCAAGUCCCCUCAGCAGACUUCUCCAUAGUGUCACAUUGUGACUCUGCACCAUAGCCUUGCCUUGGUUCCUUUGACCUCGCCAUAAACAGCACUAUCCAGCAGCACAAUCCACCAUGUCAACCUCUUCCACCUCCACCAACCAACCAUCGCAAACCUCAGACACGAACCGCUCCUCGGACCCCUUCGUCGUCCAGGGAACCUGCUACUGUCAGCGAACCACCUACACCACAACCGCCCCCUUAUACGGACUAACAUACUGCUACUGCCGCAUGUGCCGCCUCCUGCACGGCGCUCCCUUCGCAGCAUUCACGAACGUGGAGUCGUCUCAUUUUCACUGGGCCAGGAGCGACCGUCUGGUCGAGAUCAAUCUGAGCCAGUAUGCCACUCGCACGAUCUGUGGUGACUGCCACAGUCCCAUGACGAUGGUCUACCAUGCCAAAUCACACGAGGUGGGCAUUGUGGCUGUUACGGUUGAUGAGAGGAACUCUAAGGGCAAGGUGCCGGAGACGGUAGGAGAGCAUAUCUUCUUGGAAUCUAAGCCUGCUUGGUUUGUUAUUCCGGAGGAUGGCGGGGAACGGAGUAUGGGGAUUCUGGAGAGGAUGAGGGGGGUGGUACCGGAAGGGUUAUAGGCGUUUAUGGUCGAUCUCAGAUCCUUGAGGCAGGUGACUUACUAGGGAUUCUUUUAUUUUUCGAAUGCCUCGUACGGGUUACAUAUCCAUUUCGACUUAAGAUUCUUAUUUGGGAUACAAUCCCUGAGUAGCAAGAAAGCAGAGGAGAUCUCCC